AUGGCCACAAAGAAAGUUCUUUUGCUUGGUUCCGGCUUUGUUGCCCAGCCAACCAUUGAUAUCCUCUCCAAGGAGGCUGAUGUCGAAUUGACCAUUGGUUGCAGACAUCCAGAAGAUGCCAAGAAGUUGGCCCACGAAAACAACAAGAUCAUCGCCGUUGACGCCACCAAACAGGAGGAGUUGAACAAGAUUGUCGCACAGUACGAUCUUGCCAUCUCGUUGAUUCCAUACAUUUACCACACCAACGUCGUUAAGGCUGGUAUUGCAGGUCACACUGAUGUGGUGACGACCUCGUACAUCUCGGAUGCAAUGAGAGCUUUGGAGCCUGAGAUCAAGAAGGCCGGAAUUGUUGUCAUGAACGAGAUCGGUUUGGACCCAGGUAUUGACCACUUGUAUGCCGUUAGAGCCAUCCAUGAGGCACACUCUAAAGGUGGUAAGGUGACCUCCUUCAUAUCCUUCUGUGGUGGUUUGCCAGCCCCAGAGGACUCCGACAAUCCACUCGGUUACAAGUUCUCGUGGUCUGCCAGAGGUGUUUUGCUUGCUUUGCAGCACACUGCCCACUAUUACAAGAAUGGAAAGCUUGUUGAGGUUCCAGCCAAGGAGUUGAUGGCAUCUGCCAAGCCAUACCUUGUUUACCCAGGUUACGCUCUCACGUGCUACCCUAACAGGGACUCCACCCAGUACAAGGAGUUGUACAACAUCCCGGAGGCCAAGACUUGCAUCCGUGGUACUUUGAGAUUCCAGGGCUUCUGUGAGUUCGUCCAGGUUCUGGUGGACUUGGGAUUCCUCAAGGAUGAGGCCAACCCAAUUUUCCAGAAGCCAAUUGCCUGGAAAGACGCCUUGUCGCAGUACAUCGGUGCCAAGUCCAACUCUGCCGAGGACAUCCUUGCAAAGGUUGACACUUUGACCAAGUACAAGAACGAAACCGACAAGGAGAGAGCCCACUACGGCCUUAAGUGGCUGGGUAUGCUUUCAGACACCAAGAUCCACCCAAGAGGAAACGCCUUGGAUGCUCUCUGUGCCACUAUGGAGGACUUGAUGCAGCUUGGUCCAAAGGAGAGAGAUCUCGUUAUCUUGCAGCACAAGUUCGGAAUUGAGUACCCAGACGGAAAGAAGGAGACCAGACUCUCCACUUUGAUCGACUACGGUAUUCCAGGUGGCUACACCUCCAUGGCCAGAACCGUUGGUAUCCCAUGUGCUGUUGCUUGCAAGUUUGUCUUGAAGCAUGCUGGUGUCUUUGCUACACCAGGUUUGUACCGCCCAUUGACUCCAGAGAUUUCCGAGCCUUUGUUGGAGGCUUUGAAGAAGGACUACGGCAUCUACCUUGUCGAGAAAACUUUGUAA